AAACUCGGCGCAGCCGUCGAGCCAGUGCAGCGCAGCGCGCGAAAGCCCUAGUUAGAGCCUGGCGACGCUACUGUUCCCGGCCGGAGCGUUUCUUGUCUUCCAUCACACCUGCUGGCUCGCUGCCUCCGCUACUGCGACUGCGACUGUUGCUGCUCUCAUCCUAUCCUACCAACUGACACCCAUCCCAUCCCGACCCAUUCGUUCCUUUCGUCUUUCGCCUUGAGCCUUUCGCCCUUUUCUUCUGCACCACUCACACCUCCGUGCCACCACCCUCCUGCCUCCAUCGCCCAAACUGCUGCUGCCGCUUUCCUUUGUCGACCGUCUGUCCGCUCCCGUCCGCUGGUCACACCCAUCCACCACCACCACUGCAUUCGCGCUGCUCUGCUCGCACGCCAAUCCUCUGCACCACGGCACCACCGUCACCUCGCCCAUCCCGAGGACAACGAGCUACCACAGCCUGCUGCUACUGCUACCACCUCGACCCGUCUCAGACACUCACACCCGCGGGCAUACUUAAUCCGAUGCUCCAUCCACUCGUACUACCGGCCUAAUCGACUCUUUGCGGGCUUGUGAGGAAGAAAGUGAACGAAAAGUUGCGGCACUGCAGGCGGUACACGCAGCAGACAUGAAGGAGAGUCAGAAUCACGAGUUCAGAGAGCCUGAGGGCGUCUCGUUCUCGAGUCCCACUCACGCACGCAGGCAAUCGACAUAUGCUGCCGAGAAGGGCCUCGCUGCCGUGCAGGGCAAAUCACAGAAACAGCAGGUGACAGAGGCGCAAGAUGGGUUGCAGGCGCCCGAGACAAAUGGAAUGGCAUAUUCGCCCGCCCAAGCACCCACUCCCCUACCGACCGACAUCGACUCCAUACCGCCGUCUCCAAUGAGCCUGUCAUCAGCCGAACCGACCGACGAGGAUAUCAACUCGGACAUUCGUGCCUACCUCAACGAGGAAAUGGACGAUGGCCCUCAGCAUGCAACCUGGUGUUGGGAGCACGCCGAUUCACGACCGCCCAUCACGCCCGAGAGCCUUGCUGAGCUCGAUAUGCCGCGAAUAAUCAACAACCCAAAGCUACGACACGAUGUGAACUUCGAUCGGGAGCUGCAUUUCCGCCCCAACCUGGACGGGUCCAAGGGAAGGCAAAAGAUGCUACAGGCAGAUCAGUAUUGGAGAGCAUUGGAAGCAGAGCUAGUCAUGUGCAAGCUGGUUCAGAUCAGGAGAGCACAGUCACCGGAGAAUGAGGUCUACUGGAGUCGAGUAAUGAAGGGUUCUCUGCAACGACUACCGAACAUCUUUGCCGCCAUUCGAGACAUACUGAAGACGCUGGUGCCCGACUACGAUCAGAAGGCCGUGUCGGAGAGACUCGACGUGGAUCACAUUAUGCAGCAAAUCGAGAACGGAGUUUGUGACCUGAUCGAUCUCGGCAACUGGUUGGCCAAAGUACUCAAGAACCACUGUGCCCCCAUGCGGGACACCCUGGUGGACAACAUGCAACGAGACAUCAAACGCGGAGCAAUGGAAGGCAAGCAUGAGAAACUGGUCAGCGGCCUCAGACAGCUCAUGACUAUCCUCGAGGCUAUGAAGCUUGACGUUGCAAAUCAUCAAAUUCGACACAUGCGACCUCUACUCAUCGAGGACACGAUCAAUUUUCAGCGAAGAUACAACAGCCACCGAAUCAACGUUGGCAAAAUCAGCCUCCCGGACGCUCGAUCGUGGCUGCAAAACAACUUAUGCGAUCAAAGUUCGGGCCUGGAUGCACUGGUUUCAGGCUUGAUCCGCGACAUGCUCCGCAACGAGUCAAGCAACAUGUGCCCUCAAACUUUCUACCUGGAUGCUGACCGGAUACGGGCAUUGCGAGUCGAGCUGCACAGUCGUGUGUACCACCAGAUCUGCUACGAUGUCUUGCGUGAUCUGGCAUGCAGGCGAGGCACCUGUGAAGCGGACCUUCUGCGUGCGAGGGAGUCUCUCCAGAGCUCUGUGUCUGCUAUCGUUGGUGCUUCGGGUCGCUUCAUCGACAGACUGGACAACAUCGCUGUCGAAAUCGUUCGCGUGCUACUGGUCACCGAAGGACAGUACCCACCUUUCGACAUCAACCUCCUGAACUACGCCGAGCACAGGCUUUCCGAGUCUCUUCACGCCAGCUCAGACUCCUUUGCUCAACACUCGGAGGAGCUGCUGCGAAAUCUUGUACCCAAGCUACAGACACGUGUGCGAAGCCAUGUGACUAUGCCGGCGCUCGAUUUACAGGACAUGCUCGUGCCAGCGCCCAUCACUUCCAACCGGAACUCAAUGGGAUUUGGCGCCGUAUGCGAGCCGGUGCCUCAUACUACCGUUGGACCCAUCGACGCUGAUGAGGACAUUAUCCGACGAUUCACGCACAUCCUCGCCCUUCAUUGGCAGGUUUGGGGCGAGCUCGUCUAUCAAUGCGAAGAGCCCUCGUCGCCUAUCUCUGACCGUGAGGAUGAUAGCAACUCCGAGCACGGCAGCGAAAGCACAAUGGUUCAGUCUGCAGCACCUUCGCCGACCAUGCCUGUGGCACAAGCUGUGUAUGCGCCGGGUAAGAAGUGGCUUCCUGUUAGUGUCACAGUCACAGACGUCCCGAGUGGCUUGCCCACACCCGCGGCCAGUCCCGAUGCUUCGGGGGAGCAGGGUUCGACAUCUGGUGAUGCGGACACUCAGCCGAGUGACGAUGCACCGGACGCAUCACAACAGCAACGGCAACAUGCCUGAGCAAACAACCGCCAGCAACAAACACACGACACAAUAUACACUGGACAUCCAGCACAACACGGCUCCAAGCUUUACGAAGCAAAGAGUGCCGUGCAUGCCUAUCGGCUUAAUACACUCGGGCUCGGCCUAUCUCUGAAUUUCUUUCCCAUCAUCCUGUACACAAGCAUGCAGCUGUGUUUCUAUCGAUUUAUCUCGGAGCGGAAGACUGCCGAUCCUCUCCAACGAGCAGUGGAUACUGGCGAUCAUUGCAUUUAGACUGGCAAAACGUCCAACACAACAUGGACUCUCGUUUCUUUACUCAUUUGGAAUCGGUUUUAGCGUAGGCGUUUCGGGGAUGCACCGUUUUUCCAACGGGCGGGCGGCUGUUUCUUCACCCGUUCAUAAUCACCAAUCUCUCUCACACGACCACCACAGCGCUUUCCGGACGGAAGACCGCUGAAAACGGUCGGAAGGAUCACUUGGGCAUACCGAGGGUGGUCCACUCUUUUUUAUCUCAUCUGGGGAAUUUUGUUCUGCAUAUGGGUACGCGCUGGGCCUUAUCAGAGGCUUUUCUGUUUUCAUGGGCUCUGGCUCUGCUGUCGUUUUUUAACCUAUUUUUUGAGAUUUGUUCUGGGAUACCCGAAUAUGGCUUGCUGGGUGGAAGGGAGAGAGAAGGCAAGGGAAGAAGGGAUUUGCAUCAUCAGUUUUCUGCUAUUAAUUUCGGGGUGGCAUGUGUGAUUUCAAGCAGCAGCAAGCAAGCAAGCAAGAAUGGAGAAUUUAGGCAAGGUAGCGAGUGGUAUCACAACACUCAACAAAUCACAACACUACUGUAUGUGGUAGGGUUUUGUGAUUAGAGAGGAUUGGGGAAGAAGAACUUUUUUAUCGGCGA